CUGUACCUACAACUUGACAAAUAGAAGAAGCCAAAUAAAAGAAUAUAUAUAAAAACAGAAAAAAGCAAAAAAAAUAGAAUGUUGUAUCCUUUGAAAUAUAUAUGUAUUUUUGUAAUAUAAGCAAAUCUAUAUGUUUAAUUGAAAACCUAAAACACAAUUCAGUAAACAAAAAAGUUAAAUAAAUGUAAAAUUAUAUAAAAAAAAACAUAUAUACAUAUAUACAUAUUUAUAUGUUGUUAUGUGUUUAUGCAAUUAAUAUCUCGUAUAAAUCAUGAGAAUCCGCAAAAGUACCGUAACAUUCGGUUUGCUUCUAUGCUACUCUCAACAUCUGUAGCCUGUAGCCUACAUCUAGGCGUUUACAUUUGAAGUGACUAAAAGUGCUGAUAUAGAUUUGAUUAUCAUCUUGUGUCUUGUGCGUUUGUCGGUGCCAAAAGUGUGCACUAAUGGAUGCGAGUUAAUGUGCACAGCGCGCCGCCUCGGGACAUUUUAAGGUGAUACAAAUAAGGGAAAACAUUAAUUCCGCCGACAUUUCAGGCAGCCUCUAAGUGAAUGCAAAUAUACAAACAUAAAUAGAAAGUGAAAGUGUAGAAAGGCUACAAAUCUGGUUAACACACACAAACAAAUAUAGCACACAUACAUACAUACAAAUUUACAUUUUCCCAUUAAGUGAAAAUAUAGUAAAUUUUGAGCAGAAUUGAGUAGCGCUCCUCACCUAACGGCCAUCUGUAAAAAGUUACAUUGUUGCGAGAAGAAAAAUAUUAAUCACUUAAAUGGACUUUUAAGAGCGAAGUGUUCGAUGAAAUCGAUUUAUCCGAUUUGUGCACCGCUGAAUGUAGUAUUAAGAAUAUAAAUCAUAGUUUUCAGGUAAUCACCGCCACACGUUCACUUGUGCUUUGUGCUGAAUCACGCCGCGAAAUGGAAGACUGGCUUAGCUCGCUGAAAUCCGCCUCAAUACCGGCGCGAGCGCGUGGCGAUAGCUUCUUCAUUGAACAACAUGAUUUAUUCUCCAAUCAUCAUCAUUGGUAUGCGACCUCCCACGCCCGUCCCACCUUCUGCAAUGUAUGCCGCGAUGUACUCUCCGGCGUUACCUCACAUGGCCUCUCUUGUGAGGUAUGCAAAUGCAAAGUGCAUAAACGUUGUGCUGCCAAAGCCAUUGCCAAUUGUAAAUGGACGACAUUGGCCACCGUCGGUAAGGAUAUCAUUGAGGAUCGCGACGGAAGUAUUAUCAUGCCACAUCAAUGGAUGGAGGGUAAUUUACCGGUCUCAUCGACCUGCUCGGUUUGUAAGAAGACUUGCGGUUCUGUUUUGCGUUUACAAGAUUGGCGUUGUUUAUGGUGUCGCGAAACGGUACAUGUUGCUUGUCGACCACAAAUUGCAGUCGCUUGUCCACUAGGACCGGCCAAGCUGUCAGUUGUGCCGCCUACCUGUGUACAUUCCAUUGGCAAUGAUGACUCCUGGGAUGUGGAGAGUCCAAAGGGUAACUUUUCGCCACUGUUGGUUUUCGUCAAUUCGAAAUCAGGAGACAAUCAGGGAGUGAAGUUUUUGCGACGCUUCAAGCAGUUAUUAAACCCAGCUCAAGUUUUCGAUCUCAUAUCCACCGGUCCCAGUUUGGGUUUGCGGCUCUUCAGACGUUUCGAAAUGUUUCGAAUAUUGGUUUGCUCCGGCGACGGUUCUGUGGGCUGGGUGCUCAGCGAGAUUGAUCGUUUCAGUAUGCAUAAACAAUGUCAAGUAGCAGUACUGCCUCUUGGUACCGGCAACGAUUUGGCGCGUGUUUUGGGCUGGGGCUCAUCUUGUGAUGAUGACGCACAUCUGCCCCAAAUACUCGAGCGUUAUGAAUCUGCUAGCACCAAAAUGUUGGAUCGUUGGAGCAUAAUGGUAUUCGAAAAGGCUGUCGCCGUGCAACCGAAGACGCCGAAAAUGUCAUUGUCGAGCGCACAAGAAGCACUACUUACCGGCAUGGUAACGUCGGCUAAUUUAAACUUGCGCAACAUUGUCGAGACCGAUGAUUCGCAGACGCUUAUUACUGCCACCAAAACGCUCUGCGAAACGCUCGACGAACUGAUGGUUCAGAUCUCUGAAAGUCGUAAGGAUGAUGAACAAUUACUGGUGAAAUGUGACAUACUUCGUGAGAAGUUAGCCAUGUUAUUGGAAGCUUUGCGCGAAGAAGAGACGGGUGCGCACGCGGGCGAUGACCUCUUAACGACAAUCAGUAGCAUUAUAUCAAAGAGUGCUGCCGCCUCUCCAACUGCUUCUACAACGCCCUCGACAUCAGCUUCACUGCUCAAUCCAAACAUAUCAAUCGAGAAAGACGAGAAGGAUCAAUUUAAUACAAAUGAGCGACGCAAUAGUCGCUCCUUACAGUCUACAGAACGCGAGUCGCUACAAUGUCGGGCCAACAGUGUUAAACGUGCCAUGUACAAUGUCAUCGAACACUCGGAACCAGGCAGACCCAAGCGCUAUCAGCGCAAGCUAUCCAUAACGCCAUUCGAAGCUUUAAAACUACCAACUAAUGCAUCGGGUGAAUCUACCCCUUGCUCUUCACCAUUACCCAUUAUACCGCCAAUUAACAUAAUAUCGCCCACCAUGGAAACCUCUCGCCUAACUUGCAUAUCGCCACUACCGGAUACUCGUCGCGACUCCGUCGACGAGAACUUCUUCAAUGCGAUUAGCAUACCAGUGCCACGUCAAUUUGCGGAUAGUCGCCGCAGUUCAGGCGUGCCCGAAGUAAUACAAGAGAUAGAAGAAAAUGGACAAGGAGGAAAUAGUGAGAUUGUCUAUCGUGUCGGCAGAUUAUCACUAAGUGGUGGUGCUAACAUUGAUGAUUUCGGCAAUCCAUUACCCAUAGUUGGUGAAAAUUCUGAUGUAAACUCACCCUCCGAACGUAAAAUCGACUUUCUUAGUGUGCCGAUAUUGACAAGCGAUCAGAUUGUAGAUCCUCUUUCGGACUACCGUCCAAUAGAGGUAUUCGAACGCAACUACUACAUGAGUCGUGAAUUGGAUAAGGAAAAGAAACUCAAGCAAAGUACGAGCGCCAAUAGGGAGUGCAACUAUGAAGAAGGCAAGGAGGAGAAAACAAUGCCCGAAAAGUCUAAGGCGUUACGUUUUGAUGACGAAGUUUGUCAGUUGCAGGUACCCAACGUAGUCAUACCCCCUAAAGCCCCAAAUGUAUACUCAAGCGAAACCAUAACGAUCAUUGAUACAGACGUAGCCCCUGAAUUAUCCUCGUCGGAUGAGUUACCAGGCGGCGAGGCUAGCGAUGUGCUAUCAGCCAUUGGUGAUGAGGAGUGCAGCGUAGCCUCCGAGAUAUUUGACAGGCAACAAGAAGGUCAAGAUCUAGAUCGCCCACUGCAGUUAGGAGACAUAAUACAGAACCUCGAUGCAAACUCUUUCACACACAUCGACUCGCCAGAAACGAGCGAUGAAACGGAAGUCGUGCCAGGCGAAUCGUUUAUGGAUGAUAUUAGUUCGGUACUGGGCCAUGACAUAGCAUGCGCCUUGCAAGACAAUACCAUAACCGACGAUACACCAACCCUUUGCUCGGACAAUCAACCGCCGCCACUAAAAUCUAUACGCAAGAAAUCGCUCAGCAUGGGUGGACAACGCAGCAUACGCCGGAACUCAUCACCGCCACGGCACGCACAAUUGGCACGCAUGGACAGCGAUGAGAAUCCGCAACAAUUCGGUUUCGAGAAUAUCGUUUUCGAAAUCGACAAUCGCUGCGAUGAUCAGAAGAUUCGUGAGCCGCCAAGGUACUGCAGUUUGGCACAGUUUGUCGAGGGUAAUGACAUAGCGCGCCAAAGCUUCAAGCGCCCGAAAAAGCGUUCGUCCGUACGCAAACCUAAAUCCUCCAUACUUAUCUCGCAACAACAACUCUCAAUUGAUGCAUCUACCACAACAACUUCCGCAACACACGCGAACGGCCAACAGACUGAGGAUGAAUUGACCACAAAAAUGGCUAUUAAGAUUGAGGUAUGCGACAUCGAGACCUAUGCACACAUGGAUAGUGGGGACAACUUGGAAGCGCCGUCAAUGCCUUAUGCCCAAAGCCAGCCGAAUGUAGCCACAAUGCCCCACAGCACAUUGAACAACCAAUCAACAAUAACAACAGCAACAACGCUUGGCUCAGCAUUGAGCACAUCGCCGAAAAAAUACGGACACGGACAAGAUGUAAAGCGCAUUACUUUUGAUGAGUCGUGUAAGAAAGAAUCCUUUGAUGAUGUAAAUCCAAACUAUCCGCAGAUAAGUGUAGUUGUGCGCCCACCAACCCCAUUACGUGGAGACGCUAUCAAACCGAUGAAUGCAGCGUCGGCAGCCAGCCUACUGUCGGCCCGUAUGCUGCCGAUGGAGUUGAGGCGACACUCAAGUCAUGCAACAACCAGUCUAGCGGUGCGAGAGCAUGCCGAGAAGGAUCGUCGACAUUCGGGCUUCAAUCCAAAUUUGUUAAGUUUAGAUCCGGAGCAUACGAAAUUCUUAAGCUCGUCACCAGCAGCAAGUCGACGCAUCAGCUGUGGCAGUCUCUUCAAGCCAAAUGAGGCGUUACCAAAUCUGCAGACACUUAAAGGCUCCAAGUCCAGUCUUUUUAUGGGUUCGGCACUAUUUGGAUUCGAUCAUUUUGGCGGUGGCAGUGGUGGCGGUAAUCCAGGUGGUGACAAAGAACGUGACGAUAAGAGCAAAAAAGAUAAGGAGCGGCUACUUGGCGCUGAAGAUGGCGCUAGGAAAAUGCCGAUAAUUAAUCCACUUGUACGCCUACCAAAUUGGCCAACCUUAGCCAAUAGUUCCGGGUUCAUCUCCAAAUGCUUGCUAGCAAAUGCAGAUACGCUCUGCGCUGCUGUUAGUCCACUAAUGGAUCCCGAUGAAACCCUGCUGGCAGGCUAUCAUGAGAAAUGCGUUAUGAACAAUUACUUUGGUAUUGGCAUAGAUGCCAAGAUCUCGCUCGAUUUCCAUAACAAACGGGAAGAGCACCCCGAGAAGUGUCGCUCGCGUGCCAAAAACUAUAUGUGGUACGGUGUGUUGGGUUCGAAGCAGCUAUUGCAGAAAACAUGUAAAAAUCUCGAGCAACGAGUGCAGUUGGAAUGUGAUGGGCAGCGUAUACCGCUGCCAUCCCUGCAGGGCAUUGUCAUAUUGAACAUACCCAGCUUUAUGGGCGGCACGAAUUUCUGGGGCUCCAGUAAGAAGGACGAUAUCUUCCUUUUGCCCAGCUUUGACGAUCGCAUACUCGAAGUUGUCGCCGUGUUUGGUUCGGUGCAAAUGGCCGCCUCGCGUCUCAUAAACUUACAGCAUCAUCGCAUAGCCCAAUGCCAGAGUGUGCAAAUAAAUAUUUUGGGCGAUGAAGAGAUACCCAUACAAGUUGAUGGCGAAGCUUGGCUACAACCACCCGGCAUGAUUCGUAUACUACACAAGAAUCGCGUACAAAUGCUUUGUCGUAAUCGUCAUUUGGAAAUAUCACUGAAAUCCUGGCAAGAAAAGCAGCGUCAACAUAGCAUAUCCAUACAGCGCGAACAAUCAUCGACUGCAUCCGAGCAUGCCAUGUCUACGGAUGAGGUGCUGUCGGAACGUGAAUGCUAUGUACUCUUGAACUUCAUUGAGGCUGUCAGUUCGCUUGUAAAAUGGGUGAAAUUCCUUAUAAUUUCACAUCCAUCUUUGCAACACGAUUUGUAUGCUGUGGCUUGUCGCGCCGCCGAAGUACUCGAAUCCAUACAUCCGGAUGGCAAAUUACUUGAGGGGCCCACACUACGCACCAAACUUGUGGAGGUUAUCGAGUCGGCGCGUCAAUUGUACGAGGAUUCCUGCAAUUUAUUACGGGAUCGUGCACAUAGCUUAAUAUUGAGAGAGGAUCUCGAGUCGAAGUUGAGCGCUGCCUUGGCCAAUAUCGAAAUGGAGCUGAAAAAGUGUUCGGUUCAGAAGAGUUUUGAUGGGAAAUUGCGCGCUUACUUCAACGCUUUGGCGCCAAAUGAAGAGGGUGAUGGCCGUCGCAAAUCGCGCCACUUCUGGGUGCGUCUGCGCUCUGGUUCCACCGUGGGACAGACACAACUGAAGCCACCACUAACGACAACACGCGAAGCUGCCAGCAAUUGGAGUGUCGACGAAGUGGUCACUUGGCUAGAAACAAUGCAGCUCUCCGAAUAUGUGGAGAGCUUCAUGAAGAACGAUAUACGCGGCAAAGAGCUACUAACACUAGGCAGAAGAGAUCUCAAAGAUUUGGGUGUAGUUAAAGUGGGGCACGUCAAACGCAUAUUGCAAGCAAUCAAGGAUAUGAACGAGAACUAAAAGGCGGGCGCUUGUGUGUAGUAACAAAUUAGUGCUUGUGGUAUAACGGUACUUACUUGGAAUAAAAUGAAAGCACAUCUUAAAGUUGUUAAGGCGAAAAACAAAGGUAUAAGUGAACUUUUUGACGACGAGCAAAAAUGCAUAAAACAAUCAUCUAGUAAUAAAUUAAAUAGACUAUAAGGCAGAUUGACAAGUAGAAAGCUAUUAAUAAGUUACAAAUACUUAUUAAAUGGUGUUUUUUUUUUUUGUAAUGGAGAAGUUCGCAUGCUAAUCAAAUGCAUUACUAAAACAAAAAUAAAAGUAAUUUUAAUUAAAAUUUUUUAAACAACUAAAAUGUUGCUUAAAAACAUAUAAACGAAGUAGUCAAAUGCAGUGGUAAAUGUGCACCUUGAGUAAUUACAAUAUUAUAAAUUAAAAAAAAAAUAACACAAUUAAAAACAAAAACAAAAAUAUUUUACACUUAUCAAAAAUUUAAACUUAUUUAUUAUAAUUGCUAUAAACGAAUUUAAAUGUAGUUACAAAAUGUAUUAUUGGUCAAUGUACCUCAGGAGUUUUUUGGGUGCAACUAUAAAGUAAAAAUUUUUAUGAAAAAUUUAAGAAGAUUUAAAUUCACACACAAACUGAACACAGCAAUGUAACAAACAUUUCUUUACGCUUUUAACAUUUAGGUAGACAAAAUUACAACUUCGAAAUUUAUCAGAGAAGCGAACCUUCGAGCAAAAUUAAAAAUUGAAUUCUAAAUUUAUAAGCAAUUUAAAGUCUAACUAUCGUUAAUAUUUAACAGUAAUAUCAUUAUAAUUCUAUAAAUUGUAGCUCCACUCUCACACCCGACACACCCACUACUGUAUAUAUACAAAUAUUAUGUGUUAAGCGUAAAUUAAUGUCAUAAGUAUAAAUUUUAUAAUUUUGUAAUCCACAAAGCGUUUUAAAUGUGUAACAAAAUGUUUAGAAAUCAGUAAAUUACCGUAAAAUCUCAAUUACUCUGUAAGGCAAACGCAAUUAGCUAUCAGGUGUACUUUCCAACGGCACAUAGGAGAAGUCCAAUAUUUUUCUGGAGCAGUUAUUUGCAGUUAACUGAAUUCUAAGUUAAACAUAACUGUAAAAGAAAUAUUAAAUUAAUUGUUAGCUUUCAAUUAUUUUAGUUGAGGCGGGACCAACACUUUACUAACAGAACAAGUGAGAGAAGAACUGAGUAAAACGCAGUUGAAUGGAAACCACUAUUUUUGUGCCUAACAUUAUUUCAACAAUAAAGCAGGUUUGAAACAGUUUUUGAAUAGUAAAUGGUUAUCAAAGCCGGUUGACCAGCUCGCGCCGCAGUUAUUCAUUUCCUGCAUUUGUUUCGAAAGAAAAAUUUAUAUUUCAUUCAAAAAAAGGUCCCUUUAUAAAAUUAUGAUUAAGAUGAGUUAUGAACUUAAACUCAACUGUAAAGUUUUUGUUACCAAAAGUUAAUUCCGAUAAAAUGUUUUAUCUUAGGUUUAGGUAUACAACCUUGCAUUAUCUACGAUUUACAUGAUUACAUAUAGUUUAAAGGUAAAUUUAGCUGCAUAUUUAAGCACUUACAUUAACGGUAACCUAUAAAUUAGUAUAAACGCAUAUGUAGACUUAUGUAUAUGCAUAAGUCAAUUAAUAUUAAGUCUUUAAAAAAAAACCGAAACCCGACGAAAGUAUUAAAUAUUUUAUAAUUAUUAAAUAUAGACACAUUUUAUUUAUAAGAAAACAAAUAAAACAUUUUUGAAAUUUUUCCUCGUACGUCUCCUAUUGGGGAAGAUUUUGAAAAUGCCUUAAGAGUAACUAUAAAUGGAAAACUUAAACAAAACGAAGUAAAUUUAACUGUAAACAAACCUUUUGAGUAUGUCUUAUUUUUUCGCUGAGAAAAAAAGUAUGAGCCCAGAUAUACUCAAGAUGUUUUAGAAAAAAUUAAAAUUCAAUGAUGACAUAAACACAUUGUCUUAAUUUAAUGGUCAAAAAACCUAAAGUUUUACAAAAAAAUUUAAUAAUUUAAAUAAUACAAAUUUAAACUUUUUUCAUUUUUUAACAGUAAAAUAUAUUUUUGUAUUAUUUAUGUUUACGUACCAUUUUAUUUUAAUUGAUACUAAUUUUUUUGGUUAUAACUUAAGGCAGCGUAUAAAAGUCGGUUGUAGGGCUUUUGUUACAAAAAAUUUGUUAGAUUUGUGUUACAAAAUUUCGGAGAUCAUUCGCUGUGUUAGCUGUACUUGUUAAUUAUUAUAUCAUCUUUUAGAAGUGUUAAUUACUUACCAUUGAAAAAUGUGCUGUCACAAAACAUGGAAAUUCAAACGAUUUACGCUUAAAACGAGGACAUGAAACAUUUUACUAAAAAAACAUUUAGACAAAAUUUGUAUUGAUACGUAAGCUCAUUAAAUUUAAGAACUAGAGUAAACAAUGUAACCUUAAAAGAUAUUAAAACAAACAUUUGAAGGUAUAAUUUCACAAUUCAAUUAAUGGUAAACAAUUUGAUAAAAACUAAAAACGAAAUUUAAAGAAAGAAAUUUAUUCAAUAAGAAAUCGCUUAAAAUGAAACUCUAAAAAUAUACAAAUCUAACUAAUAAAUAUAUUCCCCUUAAUUAUAUGUACUUAAAAUAAAUACUCUAAAUAAUUCGACGAACUAAAGGAAAAUUUAAGUUAGAAAAAAAAAAAAACAUUGUAAGUUGUGGCCGUAGGUUAUUACUAAUUUUUUAUAUAAAGCCAAAAGCACUCUAAAAGGCAAAUGGCGUUAGAACGCAAUAUUCAGUAGAUGUUGACAAAGUUACGAUAGAUUAAGUAUAUGCGAAUACAAUUCACUGAAUUUGAGGUUAUAAAUUCAGUUAAGCUUAUUUCAGUUAAACAAAGAAGUCAAUUUUACUGCCGUUUAUACUUUUCACAACUCAUAUGUAUCUCAGACACUAAUAACCUAUGCUAUAUAGUUUUUUCUGUGGCAUGCCUUUAAAAGAAAACUUCAUAUUUCCGGAAGCAUUUUUGUUUAUACUAUCAACAUUUUCCUAUUAGAGUACAUACAGUUGCAAGUUAUUUUUUAUAAAAGGUAAGUUUUUCGAAAAGAGGACAAUGUUGCAGCCUCAAAGACGUUGCAAAGUCUCCUUUUUUUUACAAAAGUAACAACUUUUUGACAUUUUCGAAAAUUAAAUACUCUUUCAGUUAAAGUAUUAUAAAUUGUCGAAAUUCUUAGAAAACUUUCAAAAAUCUUCUAGAGCUAAAAUCUAGUGCUCCUUAUAUAAUACACACAAGAAUAUUAAAUUUCUUCCAUAAAAAUCCAUCAAUUGGCAUUGAACAGUCAUGUUAAAUAAGCAACUGUUAACCACAACUAAACGAGUGAACACUUUCCAUACAGACUUUGUUUCAUAGGAAUUGUUCGCUUUAGGAACAAAUCAUUUCAGCAAGUUUAUUAAUUUUGCAAACCUAAUUUUUGAAUAAAAGUUACGCUAUGAGAAUUUCUGCAACAUAAAAUGGCUUCUAUAAAAAUGUUUGAAAGUUUUUAUUUAAUAUAGAAUAAUAUAGAAAAACUUUGAAGUUAUUGUUCUAAUGUCUUCUUUUUGAUUAUUUCUUAUUUUAUUUUAUUAUUACAUUUUUUUUUUGAUUAUGAUUUAUUGUUGCCAUGAUUUUUUUAUAACAUACCCGAAAUGCAUUAAAUCACAUAUCAAGUAACAUUCACAUUAUUGAAUUACCAAUAAUAUAAUUUUUCAUGCGUCUAUAUUUGUUCAUAUUUAUAUAUAGUUACUAUCACAAUUAUUAGGAAGACAAGAUAUACUAACAUUCCACUUAAGUCCUGUGUUCGAAAAACCAAAAGUAUUUGUUACACCUUUAAAGACUGCUAAAUUCAGUAAAAUCUGUGAUAUUUUUGCAGUCUCUAUUUUUAAAUUACGCAAAUAAUUACAAAAAAUUUAGAGCGAGAAAAGUAAAAUAAUAACAAAUUCGCUGGUAAUGAAGGCUGGAGUGAUCACAAGCAAAGUGAAUGAGCUAAAGCUUAUAAAUGCUUUUAAGUUUUGGCAUCUAAUAAGAAACAGAGCAAAAGGAAUUUGGCAACAAAUUAAAUAAAAUAAAUGCAGAAAACGUAUUUGUGUUUUCAUGCAUUUACAAUAAUGUAUGUUGUCGUGUGUUGUUGUAUUCUAAAUGUGUUUCUAAAAAAAUGCUCAUAUGUUUUCAAUAUCAUAAAGAGGCACUCCCAUAAGCCUCUCCUCGCUAUGAAACAAUUUUGAGCGCCAACAAUUAUUUGAAUACUUUCUGAAACCACAUUUCUUUUGAAGUACAAUCAACAAGAAAAAAAUUAAUAAAAGUUAGUUAUUAAGUAACAAUAAAAAUAUAUAUAAAUAAACGAAAACUAAACGCAAAAUCAUCAAAGACUACAUCUGAACUCUUACUCGCAUUGUGGCUGGGGAGCAAGGAGCGAUGUAACAGUAUGAAAACGCUAUACGCUUACAACACAUGUACUCGUAUUUAUAUACAUAAGAUAUGGUACAUGCAUUUGAACUGUCAGUUACUGUAGACUUAACUAUGUUAAGGCAUAGAUAAAUACAUAUGUAGCUGUGUAAUUAAUAAAUUGAUACAAUCUGAUUGCUAUUAGAAAAGAUGAUCUAAAAGAUACUUAGCUAUGAAAUUGGAAUAACGAAACGAAAGGAUUUUCACAAACACAUACACACUCAUUUACAUGUUACUUAUACAUAUACACACAAUCGUGUAACUUUUCCAGUUACAUACAUACAUAUACAUAUAUGUACGAGUAUAUGUAUAUUCGCAAUCUAUAUGUUUGUUAAUUAAAUAAAUGCAAAAUUUAACAAUUUUUUAGCGAAAAAAUCAAAGGAUAAUUAAAUAAAAGUUUAAAUUUCUAGAAAUUAAUUUUAAUAUAAUUAUAAGUGUAUAAUUCUACCAUUGAACUAAGUACCGCCAUGCCAAUAUUUGCAUAAACACAUGUUUAUAUAAUUGUUUAAAUAUAUAUAGUACACAUGUGCAUACAAAAACAAAAAAUUUGUAACACAUAGAAGUUUAUUUUGUAAAUGUGCAAUAUGCAGCAACAAAGCUCACUAGAACCCAUAUACAUACAUACAUAUGUAUGUACGUAUUCCAAAUUUUUUUAUAACCACAACUGCUUGGAAUAAAAAGAAAGCUUCAGUAACAAAAAUUUCAAACUUUAAUAUUAAAACAAAGAAAUGCCUACAAUUUUACCACAACGAUGAUUGCAGCUACAAAAUGUUUUGCAUACAUUCUACAACACAUCAAAAAUAUUAACCUUUCCUCGCAAAACACCUUCAGUGUAAUACACACUUUCGAAACUUUAUAUUAUUGUGCAUUGAGCACAGCUGCUGUAUUAUUUUUCCACCUCUUCCGUUCUCUAGUGGCUUAAAAAUCGGUCUAACAUAGGUAUCUUUCGAUUUCUGUAUUAUUGAAAUUAACAUAUUUUAAUUGAAAUGUUAUUUUUUCCAUUAAAUGUAAAAAUUUUCCCCAAACCAAUAAUUCCUGUUAAUAAAUAUGCACAAUAACAUUCCUGUACUCAUAAAGACUUCACAUUCACAGCACUCAAAAAUUGCAGUGCUGUUAACAGUUAACAGGCAUGUCAAAAAUGUUGUAAUAUUCACGCAUAGAGAAUGCGCUUCUAACAGUGAGAACAUGAUGCACCCGUUGCAUUACAGCUAGGCAAUGCUUAACAUUACAUUGCCUUUCAAGCAUCAACACAGAGUAUGUACUGUUUGCUUUGUUGAGAGAACCGAAGAAGUCAUGUUUGUUUGUGACUUUCGCCUUCGCUGCUAUUCAAGCUCACCACUUACAUUACUGUAAACGAUAUCAAACAAUGUUAAUGCAAUAGGUCACUCGUUACUUCGGCGAUAUCAAUCAAUCAAUAAAAGACCGAUGUUGCUUAAAAGUGUUGUAAAUUCACGGUAACUGUAAAAAAUAUUUUUUGAAAGAUAUUCCUAGAAAAGUGAAUAACGAAAUAUGCAACCUAAGACUAUGUAAUUGCAGUACCUAAGUUCACAUGCUCUAUAAAUUACUUAUCCUUACUACUGUAAAGUCUGUAAAUAAACUUAAUUUUCUUUCCACAGAGCAUUUUUAUUUCAUUUAUAAUUUUGUGCUAAUAAAACGGGCAUACAAAUGCGUCUCAAACACUGAGGAUUUCAAUAACAUUUAACAGCAACAGCAGCUAUGUUAAAUUGCACAUAAUAUUACUAUGCUAUGUUAAGGAACACUAAACAAAUAUACAUAUGUAUAUGUACAUACUAACACAGCAUAGCACAAUAAACAUAAACGAAUGUUCAACUACUGCAGAGAUGGGUUAUUGAGCAAACAAACAGUAAUGAUUUUCAAUAAAGUUUAAACCUCAACUGCAGAAA